AUCUGGCAACCGUGUGCGGGAAGUGACACGGACACGCUAGCUAGCUGAUGAUUGACACGUACGGUUGUAAACCGUUUGAAGCGUCUUCUCAUCACUUUCCAAGGCGUACUAUGGCCAAAAAGCCUGAUGAUGUGCCCUUGGUACAGGGUCCUACCUUCAGUCAGCAUAAUUUUCAUCACUAUUCAGAGAUGAAUCUAGACAGGAUCUACAUGGAUUACAACGCUACUACCCCCCCGCUGCCAGAGGUGAUUCAGGCCAUUUGCGAGGCCCUCGAGGACGCCUGGGGAAACCCGAGUAGCAACUAUGUAGCAGGUGCUAAAGCUAAAGCUAUCAUUAAUCAGUCCAGAGAAAACGUGGCAAGAAUGGUUGGAGGGAAGGCGGAGGACAUCAUUUUCACUUCAGGUGGCACUGAGGCCAAUAACCUGGUGCUGCACACUGCUGUGGAGCACUUCAGGAAACACUGCAGGGCUGCAGAACAAGGUGCAGGACACCUGAACGGACGCACGGGCCUUCCUCACAUUAUCACCUGUAAUGUUGAGCACGACUCGGUCAAACUCGUGGCUCAGCACCUUGAGAAGGAAAGAAAAGCAGAUGUGACCUUCGUGCCCGUGUCUAAGGGGACAGCCCGUGUGGAGGUGGAGGAUAUCAUGGCCGCUGUGCGGCCCAACACGUGUCUCAUCUCUGUUAUGCUGGCCAACAAUGAGACGGGAGUCAUCAUGCCAGUCCAGGAGAUCUGCCAGAGAAUAAAACCUCUGAACAAGCAGCGUGAGCGGCUCAGGAUCCUGCUCCACACGGAUGCCGCUCAGGCCCUGGGGAAAAUCCGAGUGGAUGUCAGUGAGCUGGGAGUGGAUUACCUCACCAUAGUGGGACACAAGUUCUACGGCCCUCGGAUUGGCGCUUUGUACGUCAACGGACCUGGAACGAGGACUCCGUUGUAUCCGAUGCUGUUUGGUGGAGGACAGGAGAGGAACUUCAGACCAGGCACAGAAAACACGCCAAUGAUUGCAGGUCUUGGAAAGGCUGCAGAGCUGGUGACCUCUAAUCUGUCAGAUUAUGAGAGUCAUAUGCGGAGUAUUAAACUUUACUUGGAAGAGCGACUGCAGGCCGUCUUUGCAGACAGGAUCCACUUCAACAGCCAUUUCCCCGGCUCUGAUAUCCUCCCUAACACAUGUAACGUGUCCAUCCUGGGUCCAAGAUUACAAGGCUGGAGGGUAUUGUCAAACUGUAGGAGGCUGCUAGCCAGCGUCGGUGCCGCCUGCCACUCAGACAGUGGAAACAGACCUUCCCACAUCCUUCUGAGCUGCGGCGUCCCCUCAGAGGUGGCAGCGAACGCUUUGAGGUUGAGCGUUGGCAGGGAGACGACCGAAGCAGAUGUGGAUGCAGUUGUGGAGGACUUGAGGGAAACCGUGCAGCUGUUGGAAGAAACAAACUGAUGGCUUUCAUUUGCACAGAGUUAUUCUGCAGGUCAAAUCAGGAUGCACUAAACAGGCAGCAUCUGUGUUUAUUAAUACUUUAGCUGAUCAUGUAAAAUGGAUGAAAUAUUUCAUAUAAAUAAUAAAAGUGGAGAACUCAGAGUGACCUGAGGGAUGAUGUUAUGGAGGAGUGUACUCAGCUUCCAUCACGUCAUGUGAGGAGCUCUUUGCUAAUUGGAGUGGGGGCACAUGUAUGAGUGUUAUGAAAUAAAAUAUUUACAUGCACUUUUAAUAUUUUCUCAAAUCAACCAUGAAAUGUUUUAUGUAGGUUAUAAUAUUCGACAUGCACCAGCUGCUUAGUCACCC